CCUAAGGAAAGAGCAUGUCCAGGAUGUAGUGGCUUACCAAAGUAGAGAUCUCUAGCGUUGACGCUUGUGUGGGGGUCGACCAUGAGGAGAACAAAUAUAAACGACCCCUCUGGAGAAGCUUGAGAAGAGGGCGGACAAGCAGGUAGGAGCUACAGGGGAUACCUGUCCACAGAGGGGCAUGUCAGUGUCUUUAUCAGGAGCAGAGUGUUUUAAACUGAGAGGCGGGAGCUCUUGGAAACCACGGACAGAGGAGGAUUUCUGGACUGAAUCCCUUGGGGAAGAAGGAGGGAGAGGGUCACAGAGGCCCAGGGAAAUCGCUGUUUUCCAACACUGCAAAGUGUCUACUCUACAUAUCCUGAGGAAGAGAAAGCCAUUGAAUGGCAGUUAUAGGCACCUUUGAACAGGGUGGGGGGUGUUUGGGAAGAUGGAGUAGCCUUAGUUGUUUUGCCACUGAAGAGCAAAACUAGCAGAUGUCAGAGGUGGCAAGAGAGAUGAAAGGUGGAGCCAGAAGAGGCCAGAGGGUAGGGAGAAGGAAGAUGACAAGGGGCUAGAGGGGAAAACAAAACAAAAAACAGUGCAGAAGGUUAAAGAACAGCAGGAUUCUCUUCUGUGGAGUUCAGCCCUAAAGGAUGGCACCGCCUCUUGUGGUCCCAAGACCUGGAGGAACUGAAGCAGUCACUGAAUAUGACUGUGGAUGGUUACGCACUACACAGGUCCCCCUGGAGGUCAAGAGAGCUGCUGUGUGGAGAGAUAGACGUGAGCUCUUAGGCAUGUGAGAGACUGCAAAUGAGCUGUGUGGACCCUUGUGUGCUGUGGUGGGCUAUACAGAGUGACCAAGGGAGAAGCAGAACCAAGGAGCUGCAGCUGCGCCGACCCUUGUGUACUGUGGUGGGCUACACAAAGUGGCCAAGGGAGAAUACAAGUCCAUCACUCUCAGGGAAGAACCAAGCACAGUGAAGGCGGUAAAAGUGUGUGUGGUGUGUUCUCCCGAGUCGCUCCUGGAAGUAUAUAGGCUAAGAGGGAUGCAGAAGCCAGAGCCAUGGUGGGGACCACCAAGGACAGAAGGCAGGCAUUUGAGAUGGUCUGGUUUUUGGGAUAUGAGGUAGGGCUGGCUGGCCUCCAGGCUCCUAGGGCCCCUUCUGAAAGUCUGGGGGUACUAUCUUGGCCCAACAGAGUCUUCAGGCUAUUGACUGAACUCCGUGCUGAUUCUAGGGGAACAGACAUGGGAAAGUGUCUGGAGACAAGGCAUCAGAGGACUCUAGACCUUGAGUGGGAAACUGUUGUCCGGUCUAGGAGAGCUUAGGAGGGCCUAGGCUUCUCUCUUGAGUCGACUUUGGACCCAAAUCUAGAACCCCCAGGCCCUGCUUCCUCGCUGUGCAAUCUUGAUCCCUUGGGAGGUUUCCAGGUUCUCUUUUCAGAAGGCCUGCUUGUCCUGGGAAGCACACCCAAGGCACAGAUUAGUGACAAGGCAGAAACCUCAGUAACUCCAGAUUCUCUCGGGGACCUCGGGGGGUACAAGCAGCCUGGGCUUGCUCUACCACCAGGGGACGCCUGCAGCCCUGUGGGAGGUCGGGAGCCUAAGUUGGUGGGGUGGGAACUGCGGGCGCGGUCCCCAGCUCGGCCCUGCUAGAGGUGGCCCGCCCGCAGGGCUCAGAGGCCCGGCGGGGGCGGGGCGAGGUCGGCGGGGGGCGGGGGUAGGAGCUUGACGGGCGGGGCGGGGGUGGGCGCCCUGCUCCCCCUCCCUCCUUCCUUUUCUUUCUUUCUUUCUCCGCUUCUCGCUCUCUUUCUUUGCCUCGGCAGCUGGCCGAGGGGGCGGUCCUAGCAGUCUUUGUUGCCGGAGGAGCGAGUGCAGCUGCCUGCCGGCCAGAGUUGGGACCUGGACCUUGGAAGCUGCAUGCGGCCGGGCAUAUCCUGAGUGGGACCCCGGCCCCGGCUGGGACGCAAACGCGACAGACGAAGACGUGAGCUAGGGGUCGUCCGGCGGCCACCCAACUCUGGCCAUGCACCGUGGUACGAGUCUCCUCUUGAUCCUGUGCGCUCUGGUGUCCGACGUCCCGGGACCUGCAUCAGGUCUCAUAACCGAGGGCCGGACGGCUUUGGAUAUUGUGCACCCCGUGCGAGUGGAUGCUGGGGGCUCCUUCCUGUCCUAUGAGCUGUGGCCACGGGUGCUGCGUAAGCGAGAUGUGUCUGCCACCCAGGCCUCGUCUGCUUUCUAUCAGCUGCAGUACCAAGGGCGGGAGCUGCUCUUCAACUUGACCACCAACCCUUAUCUCCUGGCACCCGGCUUUGUGAGCGAGAUCCGGCGUGGCAGCAGCCUAGGCCAUAUGCACAUCCAAACCCGUGCCCCCACCUGCCACUUGCUUGGUGAUGUGCAAGACCCUGAGCUGGAAGGUGGCUUUGCAGCCAUCAGCGCCUGUGAUGGCCUAAGAGGUGUGUUCCAGCUCUCCAAUGAGGACUACUUCAUUGAGCCUCUGCCUGGAGUUCCAGCUCAGACUGGACAUGCCCAGCCCCACGUGAUAUACAAGCACCAAGUCCCUGAGCAGCGGGGCCAGCAGGAUCACUCAAGGGCUCCAGGCACCUGUGGAGUACAAGUGUCCCCAGAGCUGGAGCAUCGGCGAGAGCGUUGGGAACAGCGGCGGCAGAAGCGGAGGCAGAACCGGAGGCAGCAGCGAUCAAUCAGCAAAGAGAAGUGGGUGGAGACCCUGGUGGUGGCGGAUGCCAAGAUGGUAGAGUACCAUGGGCAACCGCAAGUGGAGAGCUAUGUACUGACGAUCAUGAACAUGGUGGCUGGCCUGUUUCACGACCCCAGCAUUGGGAACCCCAUUCAUAUCACCAUCGUGCGCCUCAUCCUGCUGGAAGAUGAGGAGAAGGACUUAAAGAUCACGCACCAUGCGGACAACACUCUGAGGAGCUUCUGCAAAUGGCAGAAGAGCAUCAACACGAAGGGGGACGCUCACCCGCAGCACCAUGAUACUGCCAUCCUGCUCACCAGGAAGGAUUUGUGUGCAGCCAUGAACCACCCCUGUGAAACCCUGGGCCUGUCUCACGUGGCUGGCAUGUGCCAUCCUUACCUCAGCUGUAGUGUCAGUGAGGACACUGGCCUGCCCCUGGCCUUCACCGUGGCCCACGAGCUAGGACACAGUUUUGGCAUUCAGCAUGACGGCACCGGCAAUGACUGUGAGUCCAUUGGGAAACGGCCUUUCAUCAUGUCUCCACAGCUCCUGUAUGAUGGAGGCAUCCCGCUCACCUGGUCCCGCUGCAGCCGCCAGUACAUCACCAGGUUCCUCGACCGUGGGUGGGGCCUGUGCUUGGAUGACUCUCCAGCCAAAGACGUCAUUGACUUCCCCUCGGUGCUGCCCGGUGUCCUGUAUGAUGUGAACCACCAGUGCCGCCUUCAGUAUGGAGCUUACUCAGUCUUCUGUGAGGACAUGGAUAACGUCUGCCACACACUGUGGUGCUCUGUGGGGACCACCUGUCACUCCAAGCUGGAUGCAGCCGUGGAUGGCACGAGAUGUGGGAAGAACAAGUGGUGUCUCAGUGGAGAGUGCGUCCCUGAGGGCUUCCAGCCUGAGGCGGUGGACGGUGGCUGGUCCGGCUGGAGUGCCUGGUCUGUCUGCUCGAGGAGCUGUGGCGUGGGUGUACGGAGUGCUGAACGACAGUGCACACAACCUGUACCUAAGCACAGAGGCAAGUACUGUGUGGGGGAGCGGAAGCGGUUCCGACUCUGCAACCUGCCAGCCUGUCCUGCUGGCCGCCCCUCUUUCCGCCAUACCCAGUGUAGCCAGUUUGAUGCCAUGUUCUACAAGGGCCAACUGCAUACAUGGGUGCCUGUGGUCAAUGAUGAGAACCCCUGUGAGCUGCACUGCCGGCCCUCCAAACACUCCAAUACAGAGAAGCUGAGGGAUGCCGUGGUGGAUGGCACCCCUUGCUACCAAGGCCGGGUCAGCCGUGACAUCUGCAUCAACGGCAUCUGCAAGAACGUGGGCUGCGACUUUGAGAUCGACUCUGGUGCCGUGGAGGACCACUGUGGUGUAUGCCAGGGCAAUGGCUCUACUUGCCACACCGUGAGCAGAACCUUCGAGGAGGCUGAGGGCCUGGGGUAUGUGGAUAUAGGGCUGAUCCCAGCCGGAGCCCGAGAGAUCCUCAUUGAGGAGGUAGCUGAGGCCGCCAACUUCCUGGCCCUGCGGAGUGAGGACCCAGAUAAGUACUUCCUCAAUGGUGGCUGGACCAUCCAAUGGAAUGGGGACUAUCAGGUGGCGGGCACUACCUUCACCUAUGUGCGCACAGGCAACUGGGAGAACCUCACGUCCCCCGGCCCCACCAGUGAGCCUGUUUGGAUCCAGCUGCUGUUCCAAGAGAGCAAUCCUGGGGUGCACUACAAGUAUACCAUCCACAGGGAAAGCCAUGAUAAAGUCCAGUUACCCGAGUUCUCUUGGCACUACGGGCCCUGGAGCAAGUGCACCGUCACUUGUGGUACAGGUGUGCAGAGGCAGAGCUUGUAUUGCAUGGAGAGGCAGGCGGGACUUGUGGAUGAGGAGCACUGUGAACAUCUCAAUCGGCCCGAUGACCGCCAGAGGAAAUGCAGUGAGGAGCCCUGUCCUGCCAGGUGGUGGGCAGGGGAGUGGCAGCUGUGUUCCAAAUCUUGUGGACUUGGAGGUCUCUCUCGCCGGACCGUGCUUUGCAUACGCAGUGUAGGGCUGGAUGAGCAGCGAGCCCUGGAACCACUUGCCUGUGCGCAUCUUCCUCGUCCCUUGGCUGAAACCCCAUGCAACCACCAUGUACCCUGUCCUUCCACCUGGGGUGUGGGCAACUGGUCUCAGUGCUCUGUGACCUGUGGAGGUGGCAUGCGGCAGCGGAGUGUCCUCUGCAUCAAUGAUACCCAUGUUCCCUGCGAUGAAGCUGAGCGACCGGUGACGGAGGUCACCUGUCUUCUGCCUCCCUGCCCACGCCCCAUGUACAUGACGGGCACAGAUGGCUCCGGCAGUGGCUCUUCCAGCCCCGAGCUCUUCAAUGAGGUUGACUUCAUCCCACACCGGCCGACCCCACGCCCUUCACCGGCAUCCUCACCCAAGCCAAUGAGCAUCAGCAAUGCUAUUGAUGAGGAGGACCCGGAACUGGAUCCGCCCGGGCCUGUGUUCGUGGAUGACUUCUAUUAUGACUACAAUUUUAUUAACUUCCAUGAAGACCUGUCUUAUGGGUCCUUUGAAGAACCCCAUCCAGACCCGGUUGAUGCAGGGGGUUGGACAGCAUCGCCCUACAUCAGAUCCACUGAACCCCCCUCAGAUGCUCCAGUGCCUACUGCAGGGACUCCUGGAGUUAAGGAAGAGGGGGUUCUGGGAGCUUGGUCCCCUAGCCCUUCACUGAGCCAGGCUAGCCAUUCCCCACCUGUAUUCUUAGAGCAGACCCCUGUGAACCCCUUGGCCAAUUUCUUAUCCGAGGAAGAUAUUCCCAUGGAAAUCCCUGAAGUUGGGCUCCCCAGCUUGCCCUGGCCCCCUGCUUCAGCUGAUGGCAUGGUGACACCUGUUGCCCCUGGAAACCCUGAUGAGUUACUAGUGAGAGAAGACAGGAAGGACCAGUCACCCACUCCCACUAAUAGGAACAAGGUUUCCAAAGAUGAGGAUACCUUGGGCCAUACAUCACCAGCUCUGCCCCAUAGUCCUACCUCCACACAGCCCUCUUCAUCCUACAUCAGCACCAAUCAAGCAUCUCCUGGUCCUGAUACGGUGGAAGAGUGGACAGAAGGGCCUGUGGCCUGGGACCCAGUGUCAGAGGGUGACCUGAAGCCUGUGCAUGGUGAGCAGUGGCCCACUGUGGAGGUGGCUCCUCCUCUUCUUCCUUCCCUGGCCACUGUACCAAGCAUCUGGGACAGGGACAGUCCCAUGGAGCCAGGGACUCCUACCUUUUCAGCCCCAGAACUGGGCUCACAGAACUCAAAAACUCUGGCAUUGCCGGGAACUUCCCUUUGGACAGCACCAACUGAUCUAAGUAGCCCAGGACCAGGCCAGCCACAGCCCUCUAACCCUGAAGGGACCCUGAGCUCUGUGCUGCUGCCUAAACCAGUUCAGGAGACUUACACUAACAGUAGCAAGGACCCUGAGGUCUGGCCUUUGCAGCCCAGCCCAGUGGAGGAUGUGUCCCCUACAGAUCCGCUGCCUGCCAAGAAUGCCACUUGGCAAGUGGGCAACUGGAGCCAGUGUUCCACCACUUGUGGUCUGGGCGCCACCUGGAGGCUGGUGCGCUGCAGCUCUGGCCGCGAUGAGGACUGCCUCCCUUCUAGCCGGCCCCAGCCGGCCCGCCAUUGUCACCUGAGGCCCUGUGCUGCCUGGCGCACGGGUAACUGGAGUAAGUGCUCCCGCAAUUGUGGCGGAGGCUCCUCCACAAGGGAUGUACAGUGUGUGGACACACGGGACCUCCGGCCACUGCGGCCCUUCCACUGCCAGCCUGGGCCUACGAAGCCACCCACCCGACAGCUCUGUGGGACCCAGCCCUGUCUCAGCUGGUACACCUCUUCCUGGAGAGAGUGUUCCGAGGCCUGUGGUGGUGGUGAACAGCAGCGUCUGGUGACAUGCCCAGAGCCAGGUCUCUGUGAGGAGUCGCUGAGACCCAACAGCACCAGGCCCUGCAACACCCACCCCUGCACACAGUGGGUGGUGGGGCCUUGGGGUCAGUGCUCAGCCCCCUGCGGUGGUGGUGUUCAGCGGCGCCUGGUCAAAUGCGUGAACACUCAGACGGGUUUGGCAGAGGAAGACAAUGACCAGUGUGGCCAUGAGGCCUGGCCUGAGAGCUCACGGCCAUGUGCCACUGAGGACUGUGAGCUGGUUGAGCCACCACGUUGUGAACGGGAUCGCCUGUCUUUCAGUUUUUGUGAGACACUGCGCCUACUGGGCCGCUGCCAGCUACCCACCAUCCGCGCUCAGUGCUGCCGCUCAUGCCCCCCGCUCAGCCGUGGUGUCCCUUCCCGAGGCCACCAGCGGGUGGCUCGACGCUGAACAGAGGCCUGGCCUCCACCAAUGCACAUACAAACUGACCCAUGACACACAGACCUCAGUGCCCCACCACAGGCUGCGGUGGAGCCCUGCUCCUCGUGCCCUAACGGUGCUAACCCCAUCCCUGUGCAAUGGCAGGCUGGGGACCUCUCUUCCUCUCAGAAAAGGUAUUUUUUUAUUCUGUUUGCACAUUUGUUACUGUUUUACAUAAAUGAGUAUCUACCCUUUCAAAGCA